ACCUUUCUAUGUAGCCUGUCCUAUAAGAUUUCUUGCAUGUUCUUUGUAUCAUCCAUUUGAAUAUCUCUGGGAGAGGAAUUGAUCUUGUGCUAAAGAUAACAAGGUUCUGGCCUCUGCUUCUGACUUUGCAUAUUUAAUAUGAAGGAAGAAAUUAUUUGAAACAUAUUAAUCUUUUAAAAAGGGAAGCUUCUGAAACGGAAGACCAAAGUCUAACUAGGGCCAAACUGGUUUUGUUGACUCCUCCAGGUUGCUCACAAUGCUGUGCCGAGCUUCUCUUCUUCCUUCCCUGCGCUACCCAGGACGAUUCUGGCGGCAAUCUGAUGGGGCCGGCUCUCACCCUUUCGCAGGCUUACUGGCUCCUAACCUGGUGCUAAGGAAUAAGGCCGUCCGAGGCUGGAGUAACAUACCCUUUAUCACUGUGCCCCUCAUUCGGACCCAUGGCAAGUCCUUUGCUCAUCGCAGUGAGCUGAAGCAUGCCAAGAGGAUCGUGGUGAAACUAGGGAGCGCUGUUGUGACUCGUGGUGAUGAAUGCGGCUUGGCCCUGGGGCGUCUGGCAUCCAUUGUUGAGCAGGUGUCGAUGCUACAGAAUCAGGGCCGGGAGAUGAUGAUUGUCACAAGCGGGGCUGUGGCGUUUGGGAAGCAGCGGCUGCGUCACGAGAUCUUGCUCUCUCAGAGUGUGAGGCAGGCUCUCCACUCGGGGCAGAACCAGCUCAAAGAUAUGGCCAUUCCUGUGCUGGAGGCUCGAGCCUGUGCCGCUGCUGGCCAGAGCGGGCUGAUGGCUCUGUACGAGGCCAUGUUCACACAGUACAGCAUUUGUGCUGCUCAGAUUUUAGUCACCAACUUGGAUUUCCACGAUGAGCAGAAGCGUCGAAAUUUAAACGGGACCUUGCACGAGCUGCUGCGAAUGAACAUUGUCCCCAUCAUCAACACCAAUGAUGCUGUGGUUCCUCCCCCAGAGCCAAACAGUGAUCUUCAGGGGGUAAACGUAAUUAGCGUGAAGGACAAUGACAGCUUAGCAGCACGGCUGGCCGUGGAAAUGAAGACCGAUCUACUGAUUAUUCUUUCAGAUGUCGAGGGACUCUUUGAUAGCCCCCCUGGAUCAGAUGAUGCAAAGCUCAUUGACAUAUUUUAUCCUGGAGACCAGCAGUCUGUGACAUUUGGAACCAAAUCACGAGUGGGGAUGGGAGGCAUGGAGGCCAAGGUGAAAGCUGCCCUGUGGGCUCUCCAAGGAGGUACCUCAGUAGUCAUUGCCAAUGGAACUCAUCCCAAGAUUUCUGGCCAUGUCAUCACAGACAUUGUAGAAGGGAAAAAGGCUGGCACAUUUUUUUCUGAGGUGAAGCCCGCAGGUCCAACGGUUGAGCAGCAGGCCGAAAUGGCUCGAGCAGGAGGCAGGAGUUUAGCAACACUGCAGCCAGAACAGAGAGCAGAGAUCAUCUAUCAUCUUGCUGACCUGCUGACAGACCAACGAGAAGAGAUUCUUAACGCUAACAAAAAGGAUUUGGAAGAGGCUGAGAAUAAAGGGAGACUGGCACUGCCUUUGUUGAAGAGACUUAGUCUCACCACCUCCAAGCUGAACAGCUUGGCCAUUGGGCUGCGUCAGAUUGCAGCAUCUUCACAGGACAGUGUUGGGCGGGUCCUUAGAAGGACACGAAUAGCAAAAGAUCUGGAGCUGGAGCAAGUGACCGUACCAAUCGGGGUCUUAUUGGUGAUUUUUGAAUCCCGGCCUGACUGUCUCCCUCAGGUAUCAGCUUUGGCUAUUGCCAGUGGAAAUGGUCUCUUGCUUAAAGGAGGGAAGGAGGCAUUGCACAGCAAUCAAAUUCUUCACCAUCUGACUCAGGAAGCGCUUUCCAUCCAUGGUGUGAAGGAUGCAGUGCAGCUGGUGAAUACCAGGGAGGAAGUCGAAGACCUCUGCCACUUGGACAAGCUGAUAGAUUUGAUCAUCCCCCGUGGCUCAUCUCAGUUGGUUCGGGAUAUCCAGAAAGCUGCUAAAGGAAUCCCAGUGAUGGGGCACAGUGAAGGGAUUUGCCAUGUGUAUGUGGACUUGGAGGCCAGUGUUGAGAAAGUCACUAGAAUAGUGAGAGACUCGAAAUGUGAAUAUCCUGCAGCCUGCAAUGCACUGGAGACACUGCUAAUCCAUCGGGACUUGCUGAGGACGCCAGUGUUUGACCAAAUCAUUGACAUGUUGCGUGUAGAACAGGUGAAAAUCCAUGCUGGCCCCAAAUUUGCCUCGUACCUGACAUUCAGCCCUUCAGAGGUGAAAUCUCUCCGCACAGAAUAUGGGGAUCUGGAAUGCUGCAUUGAAGUGGUGGACAGUGCACAGGAUGCUAUUGACCAUAUCCACAGAUAUGGGAGUUCCCACACGGAUGUCAUUAUCACAGAGAACGAAAAAACAGCAGAGUUCUUCCUCCAACACUUGGAUAGCGCCUGUGUGUUCUGGAAUGCCAGCACCCGCUUCUCGGAUGGUUAUCGCUUCGGCCUAGGUGCAGAGGUUGGCAUCAGCACCUCGCGGAUCCAUGCCCGUGGGCCAGUGGGCAUCGAGGGGCUAUUGACCACAAAAUGGCUGCUGCGAGGGGAAAACCACAUUGUUUCUGACUUCUCCGAGCAAGGAAGUAUGAAGUACCUUCAUGAAAAUCUUCCCCUCCCGCACAGGCACACCAACUGAACACCCAAGUGGAGAGUGUGGAGUUUAUGGAGGCUGUUACAGUUUCAGAACUAGUCUGGCAAAGGAGAUGGACCUUUCCUUCCAGACAUGCACCAUUCCUGUACUCUAGGCUUUCUGAGUACUCAGUUGCUCAGUUAACAUGGCGACACACAGGCUGGCUUUUGUGCUUGAGUUCUUUCUCCCACUCUUACUGCAUUGUGUAAAUGCAGGUGCCGAUGUUCGAAGCUCCCUUGCCUGGUAACAGAACCUUGUUCUUGCAGCACAGGAGAAAGAACUCUGCCUGUCCUUACCUUGCUCCAGAAAGUGGGGAGUUUGGGGUUCAGUAGUGGACUUAUUUAUUGAUCUGGACACCUCUUCUUCCAUUCCGAACAUUGCUAGCACUCCCCCCCCCCGACACUUUUUUGUUUUGAGAAAACCUUGGGUAGAGAUUCUUGAUCUUUCUGCUUUCUUUGGAGAUUUAGAAGAUGAAAGUUCAGCUUUACCAGUACGUCUUAUUUAAAAUGAUGAAUCAGCUUAAUAAAUAUUCCAGGUACAUGAUGAAUGGGCUCUAUCCAAGCAACAUUUUUCAUGCUGUUUCCUUUAAUUGCUGGUUGAUGGGGUGGCCUGGGAUCACAGUUAUAUAACUAUGAGGCUAUCAUGACCCUUUUAUGAAUAUUUGUACCAAAUAUUUUUGUUCAUGCAUUUUAUAUGGAAUUUUAUUUCCCUUGAGAAACGGAAAAUAUUUUUCAAACUCCCUGGUUUUCAGAAUAAAACUCCCUUGCAAUAUGA